AUGGCGAAAAGAGUAUUCUUAUAUUUUCUAUUAUUUAAUUUAUGGAAUCUUAAUGUUGAAUGUGUUCAACCUUAUUUUCCUCCACAAGUAACAUUUACAAGAGAAGAAGGUGUUACUACUGAUCUUUUUGCAAUUGAUGAAAUCAAUCAGCGAGCUUAUUACUGGCAUUAUAUAGAUUCAGGUGAUCAAUUAUAUGCAUAUGUUAUGCAACAUUUUCCUUAUGCAAUACCUGAUUCUCCAGAAUCGAAAUAUUAUGUUCAACUUGAUGUGUAUGAACCAAUCUAUUGUGAAUAUACAGCAAUAUGGAAACAUGGUAGUGGCAUGCAUGAUUCAUUUCCUGAACAUUGGUAUUAUGGUGGAACUUCUUAUAACAUUACUAAUUAUAUACAAUUUGGUUCAAAUAUGAUACAUUCAAAUGAUAGUUCUAAUAAUGAAGAUCAUUGGUAUUCGGAAAAUACAUGUUCUCUUGAUUCAGAAGAGAUUUAUCCAUGCGAAGAAAUAUUCUUUAAGAAAGAUACAGAUAUACCUCUUAGAUAUGUUUUUGUUGAUGGUCACGGAUUUUUUAGUUCGAGAGUGACAAUAAAUUAUAAAAUAAUAUCCAUAGGAAAGCCAAGUGAUAAAUUAUUUGCAAAAAUUCCAAAGAAUUGGAUGGACAAUUGUACAGAUCGUAAUCUUGCACUAGAUUUUACAUAUCCGAGUGCAGAAGUUAAACUACAUGAAAAUGUAACAGUUACAAUUCGUCUUACUUCACCACCACAUCGAAUUGAUGGAAAUAAUACAAUGAUUCUUCAAUGGAAAGUAGAUAAAACAAUGUCAAUAUGUCAAGACUGUCUAACAUGGGAACCUAAGCAAUUGUAUUUUACUAUUGAUAAUUUUCAUCAGUAUCAAAAAAUGGUCGUUACUCGAAUAAAAGAUGGUUCGGAGACAGUUCUCAACCCUAUUAUGAAAGGUGGUGGAUAUGAUAAAGUUCCAAUAUAUUCUUAUCGUCUUCUUUUUCGAUAA